AUGGAAGAGCUCCACAACACACGGGAUGGCCUCCACGGCCUGUAUCAGGAUUUAUCUGCUCUUUCAGACUCUCAAAUCCCCAAUGUCGAUCGCUUGUGUUUCGAAUUGGAGACCCAUAUUCAAGACUUCCGCAAACUGCUCGACAAGCCCGCAAAGAACAAUGCCAGCCGUCAAGCAGUUCUCUCAGGGAAGAUCACCAUUGCCGACGUUGAAUACUCGGUGAACCAGGAUUUCCAGCAAGGCGUACUGCAGCUUGCGGAUGCGCUCGAUAUCGAUGAAAUCGAAGCAGCGGUUAUGUUUUUGGCUGCCCAGGAAGAUGCACACGUGCUAGACAGGCCUCCGCUGAUAGCUGCGAUAAUAAGCUUCCACGAGCGCCGCCUUUAUACCCUCGAGUGUCUACGCCUCAUCUUCCAAGAAUCGCGUGUCGUUGAACGCGAAAGUACACCCCCUAUUAUGCAUGAAACACUGGCUCAUGUUCUGGAAAUCAAAAACAACUCUUUGCGGAAUGCCUCCCUUUUCGCGCGGAAAGCCUUGAGUUCCAUGGCCGAUAUAGAGAAAUGGCUGUCACUUCUUGGAGAUCAAGUUCAAAAGGCCUCAGUCGUUGGCCAGGAAAAUGACCGUGAUAUCAUGGAAGCCAUUAUUUUCCAACGCUUAAGUCUGCAACAACAGCAUGAGUCACUCGGGGCGAUCCUAUUCUAUAUGUUCAAAGGGACAUACACAAGCUGCGAAGACUUCCGCAUACUUGUGAGUCAGUUGAAGAACAUUGAUCGCUUUGACGGACUCUUGUUUCAUUACAUUCCAGUCACAAUUGUGUCUUUUGUCCAGCAUGGUUCUCCUGAGGGCUCUGGAUCCGAGAAGGAGGCACGAGAUCUACACAAAUUAAUCACUGCAUCCAAGGAUGGCCAAAGCUGGAAGCUUCCAAAUUUCCACGCCGCCGUUGUUGCUCUGUGGCUCUCAGUCUACAGUGGAUGGUACUUUGAUGGUCUUUCUUCCCCAUCAAUCGACGCAGAGAAGGAAUCUGAAGAGCGUACGAAAACGUUCAUGUCUUCUCUCGACGAUGGCGCGCUUGACUUCAUGCUUGCAAUCUGCUCCAGCGUCAACACCGAAGAAUGGGCGGACCCCGCACGGAGCGAAUUGGUGACCUUACUACUCAGGGAAAGCGUCGUAUCAUUGCCCGAUCCUGAGGCAUGCUCUGGUUUUAUGAAGGAACUGCUGAUGGAAAAUCUCGAGGUUUUCGUGGAAUCAUGCGUUGCAAAUAUGCCUGACGCGGUCCGACGAUUGAAGUCGGAAGAGGACUCACAGCGACUAGACCAGAUCACUGCACUCAGAGAUGGCCUCACUUCUAACCUUCACCGUGGCUUGGUAGAGGUGCGGACUCAUCUCGAGUCCUUCCUCAUGAUAAUCUCAUUCGCCUUUGAACACCGACAAGAUGCCGCUGAAGAAUUCUGGGCUGAUCCUGAUGGUAACCUUUAUGGCUUCCUUCAGUGGGCGUCCAAACGACAGACUGUUCCUCGGGUCAGCGCUUUUUGCGAAAUGUUGUGUUCGAUCUCUGAAGGCGAAGACAACGCAGCCGCGGCGCAUCGGUUCCUAUCGGAGGAAGACAAAUUCAUGUCCUCCAAGUUCAAGCGAUCCACAACAAUGAAUUGGUCGCAAAUGUUCGCUGAACUAAAGCUUUACGCAUCUCGGGUCACUGAGAAUCCUUCCACUACAACAAUCCCCGAGGGGGUGCCAGGGAUAUUUCGUCCACGGAAACCAGAGCCCGUAGAAAUGAACGAGCCUGAGAGCCCCGUGAUGCUGACAUGCUACCUCCGGCUGAUAGGUCAUCUGUGCAAGCAGAGUCGACAUAUUCGGGAGUGGAUGCUGCAGAACGAAUCCUUUAAUGCAGUUAACACCCUUUUAGACUUAUGCAGUGGGCCAAUUCCAUCGCAUCUUCGGGCAACUGUUUUUUCAACGCUCUCAGCACUGAUGACUGAAAAGACUUCCACCGUUGGGAAGGAAACAUGGAUCCGCCUUGAUGGGUGGUUAUCGGGAGGCACUGGCGCAUCGGGCAUUGGCAAGGUGCCAUUGGUUUCCAACCCUGCCGUGUGGCACCAACAACAAGCCCUGCAAAAGAUCGGAGAGAGCUUUGACCAGACGAAUGCAUUUGUCGUUCUUGUCAAUGCGCUUGCUGCUCCCUCGUGUGACUCAAUUGAUGACCCAAUGUCAUUGCCUUUCCCGGAGACCCUAGGUGGAACUUAUCGUAUGUCCGGGAUUGAACCAUACAUCGAUUUCAUCUUGGGGCACGCCUUUUCACGGAAGAUUCAGGACCUCAACGAGUAUCAAUCCCGCCUGUUGACCUUCAACUGCCUGGACUUCGUUGUGGCAAGCUUGGAAUCCUUCAAUGAAGAUCUAGUGUUACUUCUGAGCCAACCGUCCGUGUCCGAUUCCCCGAUGCAGACAUCGUCGCUGCUCACGUACGUUCGCUCUCAUCCGUUUGCCCGCGUGGUAGACUGGCUUUUCAACGAAGAUGUCCUCAAAGCUCUUUUUGCAACCUCGAAACAAGACGUUUCAGAUGUUGCUACUGCGUCGUCCGACUCUGUUCUGGUUCUGACCUUGCAGCGGAGUCUGAACGUCAUGAACUUGCUUAUCGACCUUCAAUCGACAUACUUUAACAUUGUCAAGCCUUUGGUACACUCCCAGCCUGGACCAUCCCGGGCCAUCGUGGCAAACUCUUCGCUUGCUUCAUUUGAGGACACCGUGCUGAACAAUCUGACACUCAUCCCGUCACUUUGUCUCUAUUGUAGCACGGGGCAUGCACAACUUACCGUCGCUUCCAUGGUUUUACUGGAAAAGCUGACAAGUUCCAGAAAGCUCAACAAGAUGACCUCCCCGGAACUCGUCAAGUGGCAAUCCUCGAACAAGAUUGUGGAAGUGCUUGCAUCCGAGGUCGACGUGGACAGCAUAUCACUGCCUCUUGUAUUACAAAUGCAGCCUGAUGUGAGAGAACUUGAUGCCGGCCGAGAUGCCGCGGGCUAUGUCAUUCGCGAUCGUCUUCUUGCUCUUUUGAACAGCUGCCUGGGAACGAUCACAGAUCGCCCUACGGUUGCCCAUCUACUGCUUGGCUUCGACUGCGUGGGCAAUAUUCUUGAUGUUUCAUCAGAAGGGCUAUUCGCAAAUCAAAAUUCCUUGCUACAUGCUAUCGUGAAGUACCUGAAGUCUGAUCCCGGGAUGGUUGUCGGUGACAUUACAUCUUGGGUAGUGUACCUCAAGCGUAUGGCUUUUGAAGUGCUGAAGCAUUUGUGGUCAUCGAAGCUGGCUAGUUUCUACACCCUUGCUGAAAUGCGUGCGCAGGCAUUCCUACGCGAUAUGUUUGCCUACCAACCCAUCAUUGGGCCGAACACUACCUGGGAUGGGUUCCCCGUUGAGGCGGCAGGGGGAUUUUGGUUCCAAGGCGGUGCAAAUGCCAUGGCGGAAUUUCUACUUUACCGAAGUCACCUGUACACAUAUGCGGCGACCGAGGUUCGCUCCACAGCAAAGGCUAGAUCACCGGCUCUACAUGCCCAAAUUCUGUCGGUGUUGCUCGGAAACACGCUUGCAGACAACGGUGAACCUAUGUCUAGUCCGUCCGUGUUUGAUCUUUUCGAUUUUGCAGACCUUGAUGUUGGACCCGACUUCAACCUGCCCCAAUUCUCCUUGCUGGGUGAUAUUGCUCUUCAAUUAGAAAACAAACGGGAAAAGGGCAUUUCCCGCAUAGAAGGGGUAGAGGAGAUGUUACAAGUGCGGAAAGCAGAGCUCACAGCCAAUGGACCGCUCCGCCCGCAGGACGAGGAGCAGUUGGUAGCUGAGACCGAUAACCUGAGGUUGUUCGUCUGUGGAAUAAAUCAGAGAAAUGAGAUUCAGACCAAUCGCUAUCACGCCCUCCGUUCCUGGGUAGAGCUCAUUUCUACAAUGGUCACUUGCUCCGCUAUCGAUGAAGGAAGCAGGCCGGCUUUCAUUCUACACUCAGUCCAAUUAAUCCUCCCCAAGCUUACAAUGGCAAUCGAGGCUGAUCUUCCCGAAGCACUUGAACUGGCGCGGUUGGCUGAAUUGUUGAUCGGUGGACUUGCAUCCGGAGCAUCGCCAACAGAUGCGUCUCGAAGCGGGGAUGUCAUCGACGAAAAGCUCCACCAGCUUUUCCAACUCUGCAUCCGAGGCACCAACCUGGCAACAGGAAAUGUUUUGUUGAGAGAAACGCUCUAUAGUAUUUGCUCUCACUACAUAACACGCAUCACAUCGUCGGACAACGGCCACGAAAACCUACGGCGUCUUAGCCAACAUGUCAUCAAAGCGGCCGGUUCUGGCCUGAUUGAGACCAUGUGUGAUGACGCCUAUACUGGCCAGGAAUCGUGCCGUGCAUCCGCUCUUGUCUUAUUGAACAGCCUCGCUGUUCUUGAUCGUCAAACCGACUGUGUUUUGGCUGAGUUAAUCUCAGGUUCCAACUACUUGAGUCUUUUCCUAGAUGCCUUGCGUUCUCUUCCCCUGGAACUUCACAAUGCCCAGGAAAGCGACACCCCGGCACUACUGGCAUACUAUCAGUCGCUUUUUUCAUUACUCCAACGACUUUCUCAAACCAAGGGCGGAGCAAAUUGUGUGCUCAACUCUGGUCUCUUCCAAGCUGUGCACGAAUCACGACUUUUCGCUGCUGAUCCAGAUAUCGGCAUCGACAUCGACAAUCCCGACGCCCUUCAGAGGUAUUACGAUCUUCUCCUUUCAGUCCUUCAGGUCAUCGUGUACGCGGUUUUCUCCCGAGGUAUUCAAAACGAACAACUUAAGGAACAGACCCGGAAAUUUUUGGCUGAAAACCGGCCAUGCAUGGUGGGUAUCUUCAAACGAUCUGCCAAGAUCGGAAAUACGUCAACCGCCCACCACGACACUUUAUGUGAACUAGUCAAGGCAUUCAUGGCUCUUGUUACUGCUACAGAUUUCAUGGAGUUCGAGGAGCAGGAAGUGCAAUAUAUCGCCCGACCAGCGUUGUUCUCGUGA